CUCGCUACCUUUGCCCUGUCAGGACUGCCAUAUCCACUCGCUGCCUGAGCACCACCCUGCAAUUCGGACUCGACGAUCACUCCUGCUGCAGCUGCGCUGCGGAUAGCCAGCCAUGUCGAGGUACGGAAAGUUUGACGACUUUUGUCGCGACACGGGCAACAGCUGGUCGACCCUGCCAGUAUGCUAUCUCUUCGCCCAAGCACCCACAAGAAACGGAGGAGGAUGGGAGGGAGGCUGCACUCUGGAAGGCUUCUCUGUCGGCGGUGGCAACAGGCUGCACAACCUGGGAUCAAUAAUACUAUGUGGUAUCGCAAUCGCCACCACCUUCUUCUUGCUUUGGAGGUCUGAAAGGAAGAAGGCGGCCGUUGGACGAAGAGAAAUGCAACUCUUCCUCCUCGGUUACAUCAUCGUCUCCAUCUGCGAGAUCUUCACCAUUGGCGGCUUCCCUCUGAACAACUCCGUGCGUCUGGCAUUCGUCGCUGUGCACAUCGCUGCCAUCGUUGCAACAUCCUGGAUCCUCAUGCUUAAUGGCUUGGUCGGUUAUCAACUCUUGGACGACGGCACCCCCAUCUCCAUUGGCUUGCUCUUGCUCUCUGCUAUCAUACUCUUCGUCGGAACCGGGUAUAUCGCCCUCGAUACGGGGUUCAGCUGGACCGGUUACUGGGAUGACACCCUCUCAGGAGAGAACCAAGCCUAUGCCCUCUACACCCUUUACCAAUUGGUUCCUCUGGUCUUCCUGGUCAUCUUCUUCUGCUUGGAGUCAUUCCUUGUCCUCCGCGUUCUUGGAGAGCGCAAACCAAUGCUCUACCUACUUGGCGCAGCUCUCCUCUUCGCCAUUGGUCAGAUAUUCCAAUACGUAAUCAGCGUCCACAUCUGCUCCGGCACCAACGGCAAGAUCAACGGUGGUCUCUUCGAGACUCUUUUCACGCUUCUCUCUGUUGUGAUGAUCUGGGUCUUCUGGUCGAGCAUCACUGAAGACGACUGGCCAAUGCCCACAGUUGCUGGAUCCGGCACGUAUAACUGAUGACCGGACAGGACAUGUGGUGGGUGUACAAGAUACGGCGUAAUGUUUCAUGAUUUGUCUAGCAUAGCGUAUACCAUUUUGGGAAUCUUCGGACGCCUUACGCGUCAUGCUGCUAGUUCACGAUACACAGAUAAUGUUUUUUUGGAAAAAAUGAUAGUUUUAUGUACUGAUCGAAU